AUGGCAACAUUGCCCGACCACCUUGUUCUCGAACUUAUGAACGGGCCAAGAGUGCAAAACCUCCUUACCAUACAACAAGAAGCGGAACAAGCAGAAGUUUUAUUCAGCUCCGAACGAGUCGCUAUUACUAAGGUUGAACAGAUCGUGACAAGACGCAUGGACAAGUAUGUUGACGAGUGUCUCGACCAAAAGAUUAAGGGAGCUUUCAAGCCGCUCGUCCGCCAACGUCUUGAAAAGCUUGUCCAGAGUCAAUUGCCCUUGGCCGUUGAACUUUUCUUCAAUGAUGCCGUCGAGGACCUUCGCGACCAGUUCUAUGAGAGCCUUCGCGAAGUAGUCGACGAUGGUCGCACUCAGUUGCACGACGAAAUCAACGAGUGUACAACAGAGAUCAAAGACAUGGUACGGGAUCAAAUCGGCAAAUUUGAGGAUCAGAGCAAUAAGUUCAAUAUAUCUAUUAGGGAGCAACUCGCCUGCCUUGGCUAUUGGUCUGAUAAAUUUGCCAAGUCGAAUGGAAACAAGGAGUAUGCCACGAACAACACGGCAAGGUGUGAGUCUGUGUAA